UGUUGUAGAGAAAAGCAACACACACAUGUAUAAAAUAUAUAUGACAUAUAUUUAAUGUAUAUGUGUAUACCUAUAUACAUAUAUGUUUUGCUUAUACCCUUAUGCGUAUAUAUAUAUAUGUAUAUAUGUGUGUGCAAUGUGUGUAUAUCUACAUAUAGAAACUGUUCUCUCGUUGGGACUUUUCAAGGCAAGGACCUGAAUUUCUUCUCACAUCUCACAACUUUAAACGACGGACAACUGUCGUCGUCAAGGCAGUAACACAGAAAAAAAAACCUCCACCUUUAACUGCAGCUUUGUGUGUGCAUUUUGUGCAUGGGUGUAUAGUUAUGUGACGUGUACCAACUAAACACAAAUUUCCCCAGGUACGUUUAUAGACCAAUCUGUCUUUGUGUUUGUGGAGAGCGAAAGAGAGAGAGGAGGGAGAGAGAAUGUGAACACACACACACAUCAUCGAAGUUCUUCACACACUUUUUCUCUUUCAUUGUAACACUUUCUUUCAUAGUCGUUCGCCGCUCUUUCAUUCACAUUUUCCCAGUUUAAUCACAUACACACGCGCCUGAUAAAUAGACAUUUUAAUCAAGCUACUGUUGAGUGAGAGAGAGAGCUAGAAAGUGAGUAGAAUGUGAAGAAAAAGAAGGGAAAAAGCGACGAAACUAAAUCGUGGAAAAACAGUAUGGAUCCUGCGUUUAGAGAGAAAUAUUUGGACGGAUUCCCUUAAAAUCGAUCCAUCCUGCGGAAUCUGAUUACUUGGAUUUAAGUUUUUGUCCAACAAACACACGCGAAAGUUGAAAAAGAGGAGGAGAAAAGAGUGACAUACAUACAUGUAUACAUAAAGAAAGCAAGGUGCACAAACGAGGAGGAUAUGAGAGAGACAAGUUUUAACAAAUGUUAUAUGUAAUAUGUUUAUGGACUGACUGGAGAAAGAAGGGGAAAAAAUAAAGAAAAGAAUAAGAAAACAGCAGUAAAGAUAAACGAGGAAGGAAUGAAGAAAGAAUGGGAAAAUAAGAGAGCGAUAGAAUGAAUUAGGAAUGAAAGAAAGGAAAAAUACAGUUUGAAUGAGAAAGGAAGGAAAAAAGAAAUUUUAAAACGAAAUGCAGAAAGGGAAAAGGAAUUUUGCUUCCGAGAAACAAGUUGAGUGGAGGAAAGUAGAACAACAACAACAGGAAUAAUCAGUUAAAUGCCAGCAUCGACAACAACAACCGCAAGAACACAAUUCCUCCAGUGACGACAACAACAUACUACUACAGUGACUUCGGCUGCUUUAACCACUACCACUGCUACUACAACUACUACUACUACUACUAACAUUAACAAUACUGACAGGCAGCAGCAGCAGCAGUGACAAGCAGGAACCACCACGUUAUUUCAAUAUAAUACACACGUUUGUCGAAGAGACAAGUUCGUGGGGCUUUUUCUCCCCCCCUCUUCCGUUUCUCUUAUCUUCAUUUUUUUUUUCGUUUAUUACAUUUUCGUUUUGUUUCUGUUUUUUUUUUUUUAUUAUUUAAUUAUACUUUCGGAGAAACUUAUUUUUGUUGCUGCUGUUGCAAUUUAUAUUACUCGGUUGGCGGAAAGAAACUCCAGCAAAAGAACCAAAAAAAAGGUGGAAAAAAAAAAAUUAAACUGUGGAAUCAACAACAACAAUAACUGUAUAUGGCGAAGAAGUCGAACCAAAGUGGAGGAGGCUGAUGAGGAAGCUCCGUUUCCAAACAGUAUUAGAACCGUUUUGUGGAGAAGUUGUUACCUUAAAGUUGUGGAGAUGCUAACACUGGAGUACUCUAUGCACUGAUAUUAUAUACAUCGACACACACAUGGGUGUAUAAAUGUAUACCAGUAAUAUACAAGGCGUUUUUCUUUGCUUUUUGGAUUAAUCACAAAUUAAUUACAGCUUAACAACUUACACAACUUUACCAUCAUCAUCAUCAUCAUCACCAACACCAGCUUAAAAUUAACAACGAAAACUGUUAUUAUUAUUAGCAAUAGUAGUAUAACAGCUACAAAAUACAUUUUCUUACUAACCACUACGACUAUAGCAACAACAACAACUACUACUACUAGUACUAUUACAAUCAAACACUACAAUAAGUCUUACAACCACCACCAACACUAUUAUCAUUCCAACCAUUUUCACCACUGCAAUUUACUACUACCACUAGUGCUACUAUUACCGCUAUUACUGCAAUCACCACCAACAAUAACAAAAAAUAACAUUAUCAUUAUUAUCCAUAAUAUUCAACAACAAAAAGAUUAUCAUAAUUAUUAUAAUUACAACUAGAGAAUCGGGUAUUUUUGAGAGAAAAAAAAUUCGAAGAAUAUUCAUUUUUUUUUUUUUGUUCUGUUCUCACUUUCACAAAUACGUAAAAAAUAUAAUUUUUUUGUUUGAUAGAAAAUAAAUUUUUUUCCUCCGCUACAAAAAAAAACCCAAAACAAAAGUCAUGAGCUUUGAAAUCCCGGAGGGUCUUGGUGAUAUGCUGAGAGAUUUCACUGUAGCAGUUCUACGAGAGAGGCCGGCUGACAUCUACGACUUCGCAAUAGACUAUUUCACGAGGGUGCGAGAAAAUCGGAAGCCUAAGACGGUCCCCAUGUACAUCAUGGUGGAUGAGGGCGAAGCUGGAGAACCAGAACCAUCAUCGAUGAAACCUAAAACCAAUUUCUCGAAUCGAGCUGCACGUCGACAUUCUGUUUCAGCCGAAAAGUAUGACCCCGAAGCUGAUGACGAUGAUGAGAAAGUCGUCCACCCGAAAACGGACGAACAACGUCGACGUCUGACAGAAGCUGUUAGCGGCAUUUUAAUAUUCCGAUCUUUAGAUUCCGACCAAAUGCAGGAAGUUCUUGAUGCAAUGUUCGGGAAAAAGGUGAGUGCUGGGGAAGAAGUGAUCUCCCAAGGAGAUGAUGGAGAUAAUUUUUAUGUGAUAGACAGCGGAAUUUACGAUGUAUUUGUGGAAACUAACGGAACUACCAGGAAAGUCCACCAGUUCGUAGAUACGGGCAGUUUCGGUGAGUUAGCACUUUUGUAUAACAAGCCGCGAUCGGCGACCGUUACUGUUGUGUCGGAAGGGGGCAUGUUAUGGGCGAUGGACCGAAAUUCAUUUCGGCGAAUCGUUCUGAAAAGAGCUUGCAAUAAACGCAAAAUGUACGAGGAUUUCCUGGAAAAUGUACCCAUUUUGAAAUCGCUCGACCAGUACGAAAGAAUGAGUUUGGCCGAUGCACUGGUCUCGCAAAACUACUCGGACCAAACCCAGAUCAUCAAGCAGGGUGACGGAGCUGACGGUAUGUAUUUUGUGGAAAGGGGUGAGAUAAGGGUCACCAUUUGCCAUAAACCAGACGACCCAGAAGGAGAAGUAGAGGAGGUGGGUCGAUUGUGCAAAGGAUCGUAUUUCGGAGAACUGGCUCUUAUAGAAAAUAAACCACGGUCAGCCAACGUAUACGCAGUGGGUGACAUACAGGUGGCAUUUUUACAAAGAGACUCUUUUGAACGGUUGUUAGGGUCGUGUUUGGAUAUCAUGAAAAGAAAUAGCGAACUUUAUAAACAGUACACGGAACAGACGAAGUGAUAUGUACGAUUCAUAUAUAAACACACACACACACAUGCAUUGCAUAUAUUUAUACACAAUGUAAGUAUAUAUAAAUAUAUAUACACACACACACACACACAC